GCAUGCGCAGCUGGCCCUUCCUGCUGUAUAUUAGUCCCACAGCGUCCGCGGCCGGACGGGUCUUGUGGACAAGGACAACGGUCUGCUACCAAUCGUCGGCUCGGACACUCGCCGCCACCGCCGCCACCGCUUCCUCACAGUGACCGGCGCAGGAUCAGUGUACCUCCCGGAUAUGGAGACUGUUGUUCGCCGCUGCCCGUUCCUGUCCCGAGUGCCUCAGGCCUUUCUGCAGAAGGCGGGCAAAUCGCUGCUGAUCUACGCGCAGAACUGCCCCAAGAUGAUGGGAGUCGGGGCCGCCCCAGCCCCCCGGGCCCUGUCCACCUCCGCAGUGAGCUGCCAGCAGGUCCGGGAAACCCCUCCGGCCAGUGAGAAGGACAAAACGGCGAACGCCGAGGCUCAGCCCGCCCCAGGUGGACCCCAGCAGGCUCUGGACGGCGCGCCGCAUCCCGCCGGACACCCGCCCGCGGCCACGGGCCAGGGCGCCGCCAGCAAGUGCCCUUUCCUGGCGGCCCAGAUGAGCCAGCGGGGCAGCAGCGUGGUCCGCGAGGCCAGCCUCGCGCUGCAGGAAGACGUGCAGGAGAUGCACGCCGUGAGGGCAGAGGCGGCCCAGACCUCCGUGAGCCCCAGUGUGAUCAGCAUGAAGACCGAUGCGGGGGAGCCAGGCGGUUUGCUGAAGAACUUCCAGGUCAUCAUGCGGAAGCACAGGCCGGAAGGGGUGUCCCAUCUGCUUCAGGAUAACUUGCCCAAGUCUGUCUCCACUUUCCAGUACGACUGUUUCUUUGAGAAGAAGAUCGACGAGAAAAAAAACGACCAUACCUACCGGGUGUUCAAGACCGUGAACCGCAGGGCGCACCUGUUCCCCAUGGCGGACGACUACUCGGACUCCCUCGUCAGCAAGAAGCAGGUGUCGGUCUGGUGCAGCAACGACUACCUGGGCAUGAGCCGCCACCCGCGCGUGUGUGGGGCAGUCAUGGACACGCUGAAGCAGCACGGUGCGGGAGCCGGCGGCACCAGGAACAUCUCCGGGACCAGCCAGUUCCACGUGGACCUGGAGCGGGAGCUGGCCGACCUGCACGGGAAGGAUGCGGCCCUCCUGUUCUCCUCCUGCUUCGUGGCCAACGACUCCACCCUCUUCACUCUGGCCAGGAUGCUGCCAGGCUGCGAGAUCUACUCCGACUCCGGGAACCACGCCUCCAUGAUCCAGGGGAUCCGCAACAGCCGCGUGCCGAAGUACGUCUUCCGCCACAACGACGUCGGCCACCUCAGGGAGCUGCUGCAGCAGUCCGACCCCGGCGUCCCCAAGAUUGUGGCGUUCGAGACCGUCCACUCGAUGGAUGGGGCCGUGUGCCCACUGGAGGAGCUGUGCGACGUGGCCCACGAGUUCGGCGCUAUCACCUUCGUGGACGAGGUCCACGCCGUGGGGCUGUACGGGGCCCGAGGCGGCGGGAUCGGCGACCGGGACGGAGUCAUGCCGAAGAUGGACAUCAUUUCUGGAACGCUCGGCAAAGCCUUCGGCUGUGUGGGCGGCUACAUCGCCAGCACCAGCGCGCUGGUCGACACCGUGCGCUCCUACGCGGCCGGCUUCAUCUUCACCACCUCCCUGCCGCCCAUGCUGCUGGCCGGGGCCCUGGAGUCCGUGCGGACCCUCAAGAGCGAGGAGGGCCGGGCGCUGCGCCGCCAGCACCAGCGCAACGUCAAGCUCCUGAGGCAGAUGCUCAUGGACGCCGGCCUCCCCGUGGUCCACUGCCCCAGUCACAUCAUCCCCAUCCGGGUGGCAGAUGCCGCUAAGAACACGGAAGUCUGCGACGAGCUCAUGAGCAGGCACAACAUCUACGUGCAAGCCAUCAACUACCCGACGGUGCCGCGGGGGGAGGAGCUGCUGCGGAUCGCCCCCACGCCGCACCACACCCCCCAGAUGAUGGACUAUUUCCUCGAGCACCUGCUGGCCACGUGGAAGCGAGUGGGGCUGGAGCUGAAGCCGCACUCCUCGGCCGAGUGCAACUUCUGCCGGCGGCCGCUGCACUUCGACGCCAUGAGCGAGAGGGAGCGGGCCUUCUUCUCCGGCCUGAGCAAGCUGGUCUCCGCUCAGGCCUGAGCGCGCCGUGGCCUCGGCCACCCCUCCGUCCCCCGCCCUGCCGUGUCCACAGAGUCUCUGGGAGCGUCUCUGUGGGUUAAGUUAUAUUAAAUUUUAACCUAU